GUGAGAAAACAUAUACUUGUCUCUCUUCAACUUAUAGUUCUAGUUCAGCGGUGCAGCGAAUACGAACAGACCUAUUGUAACGACCAGUAGUGGCAUCUUCACACGUGUAGAGGGUAUAAUCGGAAGUUAAAAAGAGGUUAUGUUUAUUUACUUCUUUCAUUCUUACUAGAAAUAAACAAUGGGUAAAGCCAAAGCUGUUCCGCAAAAUAGAAAGACGCUUGCAUUAAAAAACGCACCAUCUGUCUCGAAGAAACAGAAGAAACGAAAAGAAACUGCCCGUACGAUCGAAAAUAUUAAAAAUAAACCAAAGGUUCCCAAGAAAACAAUUAACUGUGAGCAAAAUAAAACAGGAAUCCAGAAUCUAAAAGUAAAAAAUCAAGAGAAAAUGAAACAGAUAUCCGCUAGUAAAAAAACACAGCGAGUAAAAUCUGGAAAAACGUUAAAAUUGAACAAUCAUGAGAUAAAACUCAAACGAUUAGAAGAAAUACUUAGCAGGAAGACACAAACCAUGCAAACUGAGCGAAAGAUAAAAAAGCAGCAGCCUCUCACGUUGAGAGAUAGAAUGAUGGCUCAAUUAAGUGCAUCUAGAUUCAGAUUCAUAAAUGAAACAUUAUACAGCAGCGAUAGCUCACAAUCCAAGCAAUAUUUCAAUGAAGAUCCAGAUGCUUUUAAAGCUUAUCACGAUGGAUACAAACAGCAGAUUGAACAAUGGCCAAUCAAUCCAUUGGACGUGAUAAUAUCAUCCAUUAAAAACAUGCCAACCGACAAUGUAAUAGCUGAUUUUGGAUGUGGCGAAGCACAACUUGCCGCUUCCAUUCCUCAUGAAGUUCAUUCAUUUGACUUCAUUGCUAUGAAUGACAGAGUAAAAGCUUGUGACAUCACUCAUACUCCAUUAUUAAUGAGUAACGUGCACGUUGUUGUGUUUUGCCUCUCCCUAAUGGGAACUAAUCUCGACGAUUAUUUAAUAGAAGCUAACAGAGUACUUAAAACCAACGGUAUCUUAAAAAUAGCCGAGGUCGAAAGCAGAUUCGAGGAUGUAGAAGAUUUUAUAAGACUAUUAGGCUGCUAUGGUUUUAAAAAUACGUGGAAAGACCUAUCUCAUGAUUUAUUUUAUUUUAUGGAUUUUAAAAAAGAAGAAGAUAUAAGCAUGAAGAAGAAAAAGACUCUUCCGACAAUUACCUUGAAACCAUGUUUGUAUAAAAAAAGAUAAAACGUUAUUGCAUCGGAUGAUAUGAUUUUAUAAAAAAAUAAAAUAAAAUUUAAA